CCCAUAUCUCUCUCUCUCACACACACAGCAAUAUGGUGUCAUUAACACCCCCAACACCAUAAUAAAUGCCAUUUCAUCUUCUCAAUACGUUCUGCAAUAACUCCUCUCUACCCCUUCCCAUUCUCUUCCUCAUCUUCGAUCUACUCCACCCUCUCCAUCGCUUCCCCCCUCCCUUUCCUCUUUUCAUUCUUCCUCUUCCUCUUAAAUUCUACUCACGGGAAACCUAAGUCUGGGUUUUCCGCUCCCUUCACAGUUCACGCCAUAUCAGAUCCAUAUCUGACCUCCCGAAACAGUUGAAGAAGGGUCCGGCAAGUUCGGAGCUUGAUCAAGAAGACAAGAACCGAUAUGUUCGCUGACGUUAUAUUAUGGAGAUUUUUGUUUGAGUAACUUAUUGUUAUUAUUAUCAACUUCAAAGAAGAAGAAAAAGAAUAGCUAGUAGAAAUAAUAAUAAUAAUAUUCUAAGUUUAUCGUUUCAGUCUUUCUGCUGUCAAGACAGACAGACAAGGAGGAAAAACCUCGGUUUCCACAUCCUACAAACACAAGUCAAACCUAUAAAUAUAUAUAUGUACACUAUGAGAGAGAGAAGAGGGUAGGUCGAACUUUUAGGGUUUCUUAAAGAAAGCAAGAGAUUAUAUAUAUAGUUUCCGGCCUCCGGCCGGGCUUUUAUGAAGUUUCCGGCGACUGCGACGACGGACCUCGUAUUAUAAAUCUGUAAGAGUUGAAGAAGUAGUUUUGAUUCAGCUUGAAAGAUGUUUCAGCCAAACAUGUAUGAAAGCCAUCAUCACCAUCAUCUGCUGGAUAUGAGCAGUCACAAAAACCCAGAAAAUGAGUUUGAUGAUAUCAUCAGAGAUGAAGAAUAUGAGAGCAAAUCCGGCACCGAUAUCAUGGAACCGCCGUCCGGCGACGAUCAAGAUCCCAAUCAACGCCCUAACAAGAAGAAGCGUUACCAUCGCCACACUCAACACCAAAUCCAAGAAAUGGAAUCGUUUUUUAAAGAAUGCCCUCAUCCAGAUGAUAAGCAAAGGAAGGAUCUUGGAAGAAGGUUAGGCCUAGAGCCUCUACAAGUCAAGUUUUGGUUCCAGAACAAGCGCACUCAAAUGAAGGCACAACAUGAGCGCAGUGAGAACUCACAACUCAGAGCUGAGAAUGAGAAGCUUCGGGCUGAUAACAUACGGUACCAAGAAGCUCUAAGUAAUGCCACGUGUCCUAACUGCGGUGGGCCCGCUGCUAUCGGGGAGAUGUCGUUUGAUGAACAACAACUGAGGAUUGAAAAUGUUCGCCUGAGAGAAGAGAUUGAAAGAAUUACACAAAUUGCUGCAAAGUUUGUUGGAAAACCAAUGCUUUCGUUUCCAAACUUACCCCCUAUGGGGGCAAACCGUACACUUGACCUCGGAGUUGGAAACUUUGGACAUCUGUCAGGGGAUUUGUACAGCACUGGUGACCUUCUCAGGUCAGUCUCAGGCCCAACCGAUGCUGACAAGCCGAUGAUCAUUGAGCUGGCAGUGGCUGCAAUGGAGGAGCUGGUUAGAAUGGCUCAAGCUGGAGAGCCAUUGUGGGUUUCUAGCCCAGACAACUCCACUAAGAUUUUAUGUGAGGAUGAAUAUAUCCGAUCAUUUCCUCGAGGAAUUGGACCGAAACCGCUCGGAUUGAUCUCUGAAGCUUCACGAGAGUCUGCUGUUGUCAUCAUGAACCACAUUAAUCUCGUCGAAAUUCUCAUGGAUGUGAACCAAUGGGCAAAUGUGUUUGCUGGUAUUGUUUCAAGAGCAAUCACCUUGGAGGUCUUGUCAACUGGUGUUGCAGGAAACUACAAUGGAGCUUUACAAGUGAUGAGUGCUGAGUUUCAAGUCCCUUCACCACUUGUCCCUACAAGAGAAAACUACUUUGUGAGAUACUGCAAGCAGCAUUCGGAUGGCACGUGGGCUGUCGUUGAUGUUUCCUUGGACACAUUACGCCCUUCCCCGAUUUCGCGGUGUAGAAGAAGGCCUUCUGGUUGUUUAAUCCAAGAAAUGCCUAAUGGUUACUCUAGGGUAACAUGGAUCGAACAUGUAGAGGUGGAUGAUCGAGCGGUUAGUAGCUUAUACAGACCGCUCGUAAACUCGGGCCUUGCGUUCGGGGCGAAGCGCUGGAUAGCAACAUUGGACCGACAGUGCGAACGACUUGCGAGCGCAUUGGCAAACAGCAUUCCAGCAGUAGAUGGUGGUGUUAUAACAAGUCCAGAGGGGAGAAAGAGCAUGCUAAAGCUGGCUGAGAGGAUGGUGAUGAGCUUCUGUGCCGGAGUGGGGGCAUCAACGGCUCAUACAUGGACAACGUUGUCAGGGAGCGGUGCAGAUGAUGUUAGGGUUAUGACUAGGAAGAGCAUAGAUGAUCCUGGGAGACCACCUGGUAUUGUGCUAAGCGCUGCCACCUCUUUCUGGCUCCCGGUCCCACCAAAAAGGGUUUUCGAUUUCCUUCGAGACGAAAACUCAAGAAGUGAGUGGGAUAUUCUCUCAAAUGGUGGACUUGUUCAAGAAAUGGCACACAUUGCUAAUGGCCGAGAUCCAGGGAACUGUGUAUCUCUACUCCGGGUUAAUAGUGCUAAUUCAAGCCAAAGCAAUAUGCUCAUACUACAAGAGAGUUGCACAGACGCAACAGGGUCCUUUGUGAUAUAUGCUCCAGUUGACAUUGUGGCCAUGAAUGUGGUCCUAAGCGGGGGUGACCCUGACUAUGUCGCCCUCCUUCCCUCCGGCUUCGCCAUCCUCCCGGACGGCCCGACAACCAACGGGGGCUUAAACACUGAGAUCGGAACUGGCGGUUCACUUCUCACAGUUGCCUUCCAGAUUUUGGUUGAUUCUGUUCCUACCGCUAAACUCUCUCUUGGUUCGGUCGCCACUGUCAAUAGCCUUAUUAAGUGCACUGUCGAAAGGAUCAAAGGCGCUGUUGCUUGUGACCCUGCAUGAAAUACCUCAUAGAAAAGAUGUUUUUGAAGUGGAAGGGGUGGGAAAGGAAUAAGAAGUCAAGAACGCACCUGAAGCAAUCCUUGUGGAAUUGUGCUUUGUUUUAUGAUAAUUAAGAUAACAUGAAGGAAGCAGAAAAGCAUUUCACCAGGGUGAUACCUAGCUAGGUUCGGGAAUUGACUUUGGGAAUAUAAUGAUGCAUGGUGGGGAAGAUCCAAGAGUUUUAAGCUUUUAGUAAACCUACUUAAUUAAUUAGAUGUUGCUUAAUUAAUAGGUUGCUUGCAUCAAUGAAUUCAAGUAAACCUACUAGGGCUCUUGAAAUCUAGGGUUCUAUUCAAUUUGUAUCUGUUCCUGAAAAAAUUGGUAGUUUAGAAUAUGCGACUUGAUUAAUAUCAUAUCUUUUGCUAACAAAUUGAUUAUUGUUAAGUUCUGUAUUGAACUACUUGAUCUAAAUUCAUUU